AUGUCGUCGGAAUUAUUACAGGAAGUCCCCAAAUCCAUAGAACAUGUCAAACAUAUUAUUUUAAUUUUGUCUGGUAAAGGCGGUGUUGGAAAAUCUUCAGUUACGACACAAGUUGCAUUAACAUUAGUCAAUAAGGGGUUUAAUGUUGGAGUUUUAGAUAUCGAUCUAACGGGACCAUCAUUACCGAGAAUGUUUGGAGUGGAAAACAAACAAGUACAUCAAUCAACACAAGGAUGGGUACCUGUUUCUGUGUAUAAUAACAAUAAUAAUCAAGGAACAGAUUCUAAACGUGGGAACCUUUCAUUAAUGUCCUUAGGGUUUUUGUUGGGCGAUAGAGGUAAUUCAGUUGUAUGGAGAGGUCCUAAAAAAACUGCUAUGAUCAAACAGUUCUUGAAGGAUGUAGUAUGGGGCAGUACAGAAACCCCCUUGGAUUAUUUACUAAUAGAUACUCCACCUGGUACAUCUGAUGAACAUAUUGCUAUUGCCGAAGAGUUACGAUGGGCAAACCCUAUCGAUGGUGCUAUUAUAGUCACCACGCCACAACAGGUUGCCACUGCUGAUGUCCGUAAAGAGAUAAACUUUUGUAAAAAAGUCAAUUUUCAGAUAUUGGGUAUAGUAGAGAAUAUGUCUGGGUUUAUAUGUCCACAUUGUUCUGAGUGUACUAAUAUUUUCUCAAGUGGAGGUGGUAAGGCUUUGAGUGAACAAUUAAAUUUGACAUAUUUGGGUAACGUUCCUAUCGAUCCUCAAUUUGUUGAAUUAGUGGAGUUGCAGAAUGAGCAAGAAAACAAAAAGUUGAUUGAAUUGUAUGAUGAUUGUGAAUUGAAACCUAUACUAAACGGGAUCGUUGACAAAAUACUAGAUAAGAAUCUACCAUCUAGAAUUUGA